AUGCGUAAAUUGGAAUCAUUCCGAUCUAGCCAAUCAGCAAUUCGUCGUCGAAGGUCGGUUGAGGAGAAUAAGAAUAUAGAUUUAAAACCUAGCGCAGUGACAUUCAUCAGUCCUUUUGGCGACAACCGAGUGGACGUCUACUUCAAGAGAGCAGGUCAACGACAAACAACAAUUUCCUGUUCCUCAUCUAAUUUACCCGCUUCUGGCAAUUACGGAAAUGAGCUGGAUUUCAAUAUCGUCUGCGCUAGAGUUGUUUGCAGACUCAAUAAACUUCCUCGAGCAGGUACAGUUCGUGUCAGUCUAACGGGAUGGCUAUGGACACCCACUUUCUUCAAAAAGCAGCUUCCUGAUGUCAAGUUCGUGACCAAACUGAGUAUUUUGGAUUGGGGAGAGCCACCAAAGGUCCUUCUCAACUAUCCCGAAGCGCGGUUCGAUUUUCCGGAUGAAUCACCAUUUUAUGAGCUUCCACAAAUAGUCGUGUUUCGGGGAGUGCCAGGAAAAUACCGCUCCAGAAUCCCACUCUGGCCGAUUAUUGUUGGUAUUGUUUGUGGAAUUAUGCUUCUCUUUGGACUCAUCGCAUCUCUAUACUGCUGCGGAUUCUUCCAGCGAAGGCAGAAGACGAAUGAGGCAAAGAGGAAGUCUAUGAUGGCUUCGGCAAGCCGGAAGCCCGUUUCAGACGACCAUCCUGCGAAAUUUCUUUUAGACAAAGGGCUGAAUGGAAACGGUUCCUCCUCCAUGAACGGGAGAAACGCAGAGAUUUAUACUGCAAAUCCCCUGCAUGCUGGAAGUCCUGAUCUACUCUAUGCUGUUUCUCCACAACCUCCAACACCUUUACCUUAUGAACCAGAAGAGUGGUGUGAUAACCAACAUCCACUGACAGAAGAAACGGAGAAAUUUGAACUAUUAGACCCCGAAGAAGUGCUCCUCGCAAAAGAAAAUUCACGAACUCCAUCACCCUCCUCGAGUACUGGACUUCCUGACUGGUUGAUGAGCGAGAUAAAGGAGAAUGAGUCCAAAGGCAAAAGAUCCAAAAUCCCCAAGAGUGAUCCCUAG